UAGUCUGAAAAAACAAACUGAACCCGUGCCCAAUGGUUUUGAUAUUUAGCGGAAAAACCAGUACUUCUCUAACCAAAAAAAUAGCAGUACUGAGGAUUGCAUGAUAUUCAAUAAAAUGAACAAUAUCGCCGAUUACCGGCGGACAAAUACAAGUGAGAGACGAUACCUUUCCGACAUAUAAUGCAACAAGUCCUUCACCAAUAGUGAAAAUUGUAUAGUGCACAGAGGGAUGAACACGGUUGACAGACCGUACUUGUGUGACAUAUGCGAUAAGGCUUUCACCACAAAUGGAACCCUUACAAGACACCAGCGAACACACAUGGGUGAGAAACCGUACCUGUGUAACGUAUGUGACAUGUCCUUCGCUAAUAAAGGAUCUCUGAAAACACAUUAUCGGACGCAUACUGGUGAGAGACCGUAUCCGUGUGACAUAUGUGACAAGACUUUUGCCACAAGCGGAACUCUGACAAUUCACCAACGGACGCAUACCGGGGAGAGACCAUAUCCAUGUGAUGUAUGUAAUAAGGCUUUUGCUACAAACGGAACUCUGACAAUUCACCAGCGGACGCAUACUGGGGAGAGACCGUAUCCGUGUGACGUAUGUGACAAGGUUUUCGCCACAAACGGUACUCUAAAAAUUCACCAGCGGACGCACACGGGUGAGAGACCAUACCUGUGUGAUAUAUGUGACUUGUCGUUUGCGAGUAGAUUCAAUCUGAAGUCACACCGGAGGACGCACAUGGGUGACAGACUGUACUUGUGUGACGUAUGCAACAAGACGUUCGCCCAAAGUGAAGAUCUGAUUUAUCACCAUCGGACACACUCACACCAGCAUCCGCUAUUUUCCACGGACGCACCAAUAAAGGACACAAUGCUGUCUAUUUGUAUUGUCUUAUGAGUAAUAAAUUUAUAAUAUCGUCCGUUAUAUCAACUGUGCAUGUAGUAUUGUAGUUGGGGAUGAUAUAAAUAU